AGCAAGCGACGAUGCAGCGAGGCCUGGCUCACCUGAGCCACAUCUUACUGUGGAUUCUUUUUGCACAAACCUCUGCGGAUUUGCCCAUGUGCAAAGAGUCAGAUUAUCACUUUGAGUACACAGAGUGUGACGUACUCGGGUCACGAUGGAGAGUGGCGGUUCCCAACAAAGCCGACACAUGCACAGGUCUUCCAGAUCCAGUCAAAGGGACUCAGUGCAGCUUCUCCUGUAGUGAGGGGGAGUUCCUUGACAUGCAGUCGCAGCAGUGCCAGAGGUGUGCUGCCGGCACCUACUCUCUGGGCACUGGCGUGGCCUUUGAUGAGUGGGACAGCCUACCGACAGGCUUUGUCACCCAUGGGGUCACAACAAAUGGCGGGGAUGGAAAGACAGACUGCUCCAACUCAACAUGGACACCAAAGGGUGAUUACAUAGCCUCAAACACGGAUGAGUGCACUGCAAUGAUGUCCUAUGCCGUGACCCUGAAGAAACCUGGAAUCGUGUCCUUUGAGUAUUUCUACCCUGACAGCAGUAUCUACUUUGAGUUCUUUGUUCAGAAUGACCAGUGUCAGUCUACAGACUCUGAGAGCCGGUGGAUGAAAAUCUCAGAGAGCCGCUGGAGUAAAUACAUGGUUGAGCUCAACAAAGGCAAUAAUGUGCUGUACUGGAGAACCACUGCGUACACUCUGCAGGGAAGCGCUGUCAAACCUGUGCUGUUAAGAAACAUUGCCAUCUCAGGGGUGGCCUACACAUCAGAGUGUUUCCACUGUAAACCUGGCACCCACAGUGCAAAACCAGGAUCUGCCCGCUGUGCCCCCUGCCCUGCUGAUACCUUCUCCACUAAGGGUGCCACUGUUUGCCAUCAGUGUGAAAAAGACAAAUAUGCAGAGGCUGGCUCAGGGAGCUGCAAACCGAGACCUGCGUGUACAAACAGCGACUACUUCUACACACACACUCCCUGUGACUUUGAGGGAAAGACCCAGCUCAUGUACAAGUGGAUUGAACCUAAGAUCUGCAAUGAGACCAUUGAAGGAGCGGUGAAGCUUCCUGCUUCAGGGGAGAAGCAAACCUGUCCACCAUGUAACCCCGGUUUCUUUGUCACCAACUCCUCCAACUGUGAACCCUGUGCCAGUGGUUUCCACUCAAACGGAACAGCCUGUGCCAAGUGCCCUGUUGGCACGGAGCCCGUGGUGGGAUUCGAGUACAAAUGGUGGAACAAGAUGCCGAGCAACAUGAAGAGCUCCAUCUUCAGACGGGAGUUCACCGGCUCUGACCACAGAACAGCAUGGGAGGUGGGUGGAGAGUAUGUUUACACCACCCCUGGGGAUCAGGACACAGACUAUAUGAUGCUCACGCUCAACGUCCCUGGAUACAGGCUGCCUCAGUCACUGGCCAAAGACAGUGAGAGGACUGAACUAUCUCGCAUCACCUUUGUCUUUGAGACCACGUGUACAGCUGACUGCAAAUUUUACUUCCUAGCUGGUUAUAACCAGUGGAAUAACGACGUGGUGGAGCAGUGGAAAGGCAGCAACAGCAAACAGUCAUACUCCUACCUGAUCCAGAAGAACAGCACAGUCAGCUUCACUUGGACAUUUCAACGAACAGAGGCAUUUAACACGGAGAGGAAAUACAGCGGUGAUGUUGCAAAGAUCUACUCCAUCCACAUUACCAAUGUGGUCGGCGGUGUAGCCUCGCAGUGUCGCCGUUGUGCCCUGAGCUCUGCUAAGGCCAACUCCGCCUGUGUUCCCUGUCCACUGGGACACUACAUGGCCAGUGGGACGGGAGUGUGUAAGAGAUGCCCGCCAAACACUUUCAUCAGGGCCGAGCAGCCUGUCGGAGAGGCUGCUUGUGUUCAGUGUGGUCCAAACACAAAUAGAAACAAGGCUUACUCAGCUUGUCUCAGCGACUGUACGUUGGACGUGCGGACGAGAGGAGGAGCUCUGCUGCACUAUGAUUUCUCUCCUCUGGCCAACGUCACCGGCUUCCACAGCAGCCCCCGCUUCACCAACAAAGGCCUGAAAUAUUUCCAUCGCUUUAAUGUGGGUCUGUGUGGGAAAGAGGGCCGUGUGCCAGCUACCUGUGUGGACAAUGUAACAGAGAGUAGGAGAGAGGUCAAAGGUUACAUAUGCCAGUCCACUGUGGUCCCCUCUGAAAUCAGGAGUCAGAGCAUGGUGUCCUCCCAGCCUUUCCUUAUCGGUGACACACUCAUUGGUGUGACCACUGAGACGUCGCUGAAUAGCAUCUCUUCACCAAAACAGUUGUUCCCCUCUGCGCCUGGCCUGCCAGAUGUCAUAUUCUACUACAAGUCCAGUGAGACAACUCAGGCUUGUAAACAAGGCAGGUCAGCCACCAUCAGACUGAGAUGCAAUCCCUCAGUGACUGCUAAAGACCACAUCAUGCUGCCAAGUAACUGUUCAGAGGGGACUUGUGAUGGUUGUACUUUCCACUUUCUGUGGCAAAGCCAGCAUGCGUGUCCACUCUGCACCAAAAACCACUACAGAGAGAUUGUCAGCGCUUGUAUCCAGGGAAUACAGAGAACCACCUAUGUGUGGCAGCAGCCGUUGCAGUGUUAUGGCGGAGUGUCCCUACCAGCGCAAAAAGUUAGCGCUUGUGUGACUCUGGAUUUCUGGCUCAAGUUUGGUGUUUCCACGGGAACGAUAGCUGCUGUGCUACUCAUCAGUAUCAGCUGCUAUUUCUGGAAGAAGACACGCAAGUUGCAGUAUAAAUACUCCAAGCUGAUGAUGAGCUCUGGGGGUAAAGAGUGUGAGCUGCCCACUGCAGACAGCUGUGCAAUAAUGGAGGGAGAAGAUGCAGAGGACGACCUCAUGGACCUCACCAAGAAAUCCUUCUUCACCAAAAUUAAGUCAUUCUCACGAGAGAGGACAUCAGAUGGAUUUGACUCAGUUCCACUUAAGUCAUCAUCUUCACGCCACCAAAGAGAGGAAGAAGACUCCGAUGAUGCUUAAAUCAGAGGAUGAAGAGAUCUUUCAACCAAAGUGCAGAGGGAGUGUUAAAUUCUAGAUGGUUUGACAGCUCAGCUCCAACGGAGUCAUAGAGAACAGAGAUGGGCUGUGAAUGAAUUUUAUUUAUUAUAAAAGAUAUAGGCUUACUGUGGGAGUUUUAGAGCGGCAGUUUUAUUUUGCAUUAAUUUGUCUUAUGUUAGUUUUUCCAAACCUAAUACUGAAAUACAAAGUCUCCAUAUUGGGGAUAUUCUGUAUUUUCAAAUCUCAUGGUGUAUUUCAAAAAGAUCUAGGACCAAAACUGUGGAUAGAGUCACACUUUUUGUAGAUAUGUGCGGCUGUGUACAUUUUACAUAACUGUUACUAUGUAUUUCAUUUUUUCCACUUUUUUGUCUUUCUUUUCUUGUUUUAUUAGACCAACAUUUCUAGUUCAGCCUUGAAUUAUGUUUGCUUGGCUUUUGAUAAUCUUUUGUUUUUACUGUGAAGUAAAGAUUUUCUACACUGAAAAAGCAACCAGUGUACAUCUCUAGGAAUUAAGAAUGACCUUUAAUGCUGCCUUCAGGUGCUCCUUGUAAGAUCAGAACACAAAAAAUUAUAUCACUUCACAUUACGUAUGUUAUAUAAUAAUUUUAUGCUACUACUUUAUUUGUUUAAAUGUGUUUUCAUAAGCUUUUGAUUGAAAAAUGCCUCUAACUCAAACGUUUUUGUGGUUGUUGGUUUCCCUAA